AACAAAGCUGUGAACGUUUUAUACGUUUUUUGCUGUGAUUGGAGACUUCUUUGGCUAACAAUGUGCAGCAGAAUGAGCUAUAAAUACUAGGGGCGGGGCAUUUUAAAGGGGAGUGGAGUAAAGGCAAAAAUGAAGGAUUAGGCCCCAAGAAAGAAAGUUUCCCUUGUCGCAUUUGUUCUUGUAACCCUUCAAGUUCCUGCCCUCUGGGAUUCUUCUUUCUCAUAAUUGUUUUGGUCCUUUGGGGCCUGUACAAGGUGCUUUUAGAGGAAUAUUCGCAAGAAAUACAGAAUGGAGGGAGUCCACCGAGAAAGUGGGGAUUAUCCCGGGAAAAUGGGUGCCCCCUUGUUUGAUUGGCCAUGGAACAAUUUGGGUUGUUACAAGUAUUUGUUGUAUGGCCCAUUUGUUGUUACAUUCCUGUACUCAAGAUUUUGGGGGGACACCCAGAAACAGAGAGACAGUUGGUGUAUGCAUGUUCUCAUCUUAUGUGCACUUAGAUGCCUUGUUCAUCAGCUAUGGAGUUCUUAUAACAACAUGCUCUUUCUUAAUCGAAAUCGCCGUGUGUCUCUGAGUGGUGUAGAUUUCAAGCAGAUUGAUAGAGAAUGGGAUUGGGACAAUUUCAUAAUUCUUCAAGCAUUUAUGGCUUCUUCACUGGCCUACUUCAGCUUCCCUUCCUUGCAAAAUCUUCCUGUUUGGAACGCAAGGGGAAUCAUCUGUUGUCUAUUUCUCCACAUGGGAGUCUCAGAGCCACUCUACUAUUGGGCUCAUAGAUUUUUGCACUCACAGUAUUUCUUUAGCCAUUACCAUUGGCUACACCAUUCCUCUAAAGUGGCACAUCCCUUCACUGCUGGGCAUGCAACAUUUCUGGAACAUAUAUCACUUUGUCUAAUAACAGGGCUGCCUAUACUAGGGACGACCAUUAUAGGAUUUGGAUCUAUAAGCAUGAUCUACGGCUAUGUUUUGAUGUUUGAUUUCGUAAGAUGUAUGGGGCACAGCAAUGUUGAAGUCAUUCCUCAUCGUCUGUUCGAGAUUUUCCCACCUCUAAAAUACGUUAUCUACACGCCCACAUACCACAGCCUCCACCGCAUAGAAAUGAGCACCAAUUUCUGCCUCUUUAUGCCUAUUUAUGACGCAGUAUGGAAGACCAUGAACAGCCAUUCUUGGGAUACCCACAAAAAGAUAAGUUCAGGUAAAAAUGGAAGUGUACCUGAUUUCGUGUUCCUUGCACAUGUCGUGGACAUUGUGUCAUCGAUGCACGUUGGUUUUGUUUUUCGAUCAUUUAGUUCGGUACCUUUCACCACAAUACCAUUCCUGAUUCCACUCUGGCCAAUUGCUUUAUGGGCGAUACUUGUCAUGUGGGCUAAGUCGAAGACCUUCUUGCUCAGUUUUUACUACCUCAGAGGAAGGCUAUGCGAGACAUGGGUUGUUCCCAGGUUUGGUCUGCAGUACUUCCUUCCAUUUGCUGAGGAUGGCAUUAAUAAUCAAAUUGAAGAAGCCAUCCUCAGGGCCGACAGACUUGGUGUCAAGGUCAUUAACCUUGCUGCAUUAAACAAGAACGAAUCCCUGAAUGGAGGUGGGAAGUUGUUUGUUAACAAGCAUCCUGAUCUUAGGGUUCGGGUGGUCCAUGGAAACACAUUAACAGCGGCAGUGAUUCUCAAUGAGAUACCUAAAGACGAAAAAACAGUCUUCUUGGCAGGGGCAACUUCUAAGCUUGGAAGGGCCAUUGCCCUCUAUCUUGCUCGUCGAAGAGUUAGGGUCCUGAUGUUAACUCAAUCAACUGAGAGAUUCACGAGUAUUCAGAAGGAAGCCCCGUUGGAUUGCCAGGAAUUUCUCAUUCAAGUCACAAAGUAUCGGGCUGCAAAAAACUGUAAGACGUGGAUCAUUGGUAAAUGGGUUACACCUCGAGAGCAAAGUUGGGCGCCCCCUGGGACACAUUUCCAUCAGUUUGUGGUUCCACCUCUGCUUCCCACAAGAAGAGACUGUACUUAUGGAAAACUUGCAGCCAUGAGGCUCCCUGAUGAUGUCAAGGGGCUAGGGACAUGUGAGUAUACACUGCCAAGAGGGUUAGUCCAUGCCUGCCAUGCAGGUGGGCUCGUUCACUUCCUUGAAGGUUGGAGUCACCAUGAAGUUGGAGCUAUUGAUGUCGAUCAGAUUGAUGUUGCUUGGAAUGCAGCCUUAAAGCACGGCCUGAAACCUGUUUAGUAUUAUCUCAAGAAUUAUCCCAGACCCAGUGCCAAGACCUGUGUGACGCAGACAUACUAGACAACAAAUUUCCUGCUAUGUGUUUGCUUCAAUCAAGUCAGGGUUACCUGGGCUUGGACUUUGUCUCCCUCGCCGUCCCUCUCUUCUCACAUGAAGUACAGGAAGAAAUCGGAUGGGGAGGAUGAGACAGGGGAUAGCAAAUAUUCGUCGCUUUUUAAUAUUUGUCAUUGUUGUUCUCCUAGUGAGAAUUUCUAAAGCAAUUGUUGAAUACAAACUCAUAUUUUAUAAUUCAGCAAGAAGGGAAUUCCAUAAACACUUCUAUUU